UGGAGAAGGGGAGCCAGCGCAGGAGGUGACUGGAGCCGCGGUAGCGGCGGCAGGAGCAGCAGUGGCUGCAGUCUCAGCCGCGGCAGCCUCAGCUAGGGUGGCGCAGCAGACAAUAACCGGACUGGAAACGUGACUGGGCCGGACCCAACUGUGAUGCUUCCUGAUUGAUGAUGUUAUAACAGUGCCUGGAAGCCAGAAGGCUGCAUUUUCAGUUGAAUAUACCUGAGUUGUCCCCAUCACCAUGGAGACCCAAAAGGAUGAAGCUGCUCAGGUCAAGGGAGCAGCACCCUCUGUGGAUACCCAGGACCAAGGGGAAGAGAAAGGAGCCAAGAACAAAGCAGCUGAAAUGACAGAAGGGCCAGCAUCAGAGCUACCCUCAUCUGGCCCAGGUAGGCUGAAGAAAACUGCCAUGAAACUCUUUGGUGGUAAGAAGGGAAUCUGUACCUUGCCUAGUUUAUUUGGAGGGGGACGAAGCAAAGGUUAUGGGAAAGGCAGCUCCAAGAAGGGUCUUAGCAAGAGCAAGACCCAUGAUGGUUUGAGUGAAGCAGCCCAUGGCCCUGAAUACAUUGUCAGUGAAAGAACCAGCCUUUCCUUACCUUUGCCUGAGUCACGCUGCCAAGUUCCUAGCUCCCAGAGUGCCCAUGGGGCUUUGGAGACAGGCUCCAGAUGCAAGACAUCUAUGGCUGCAGCCACAGAGAAAGCUGGGGCCCAGAAGGCCCCCUCUGUGCCCAAGCCAAAGAAAGGACUAAAAGGUUUUUUCAGCAGUAUCCGCCGUCACCGGAAGAGCAAGGUCUCUGGGUCUGAGCAAAGUGAACCAGGGGCCAAGAGGCCUGAGGGGGCCAGAGUCAGGCCUCAUGAGCAUGUGAGCUCAGCCCUUCUGUCCCACACUGAGGAGACUCUCCAAGCCCCAAGAAAGGAAAAUGCCAAACCCCAAGAUGCCCCUUGGCCAAAAGUUUCUUCAGCACCAGAACCUUCUGCAGCAGCCACUGAGAAGACAGCCUGUAAAGAUCCAGAAAAACCCAGGGCCUGUAAGGGCUAUGCCUCAGCACUUCUACAGCCUAAAGCUGUCCCUGGAGCCAGUGGCCCAGAGGAGCCCCACAGCCCAGAAACAGGGGAGAAGGUGGAGGCAAGAGAAGUAAAUCCACCUAAUGGCCCUGUGGGGGACCAGCUGAGCCUCCUGUUUGGGGAUGUCACAUCCUUGAAAAGUUUUGACUCACUGACAGGUUGUGGUGAUAUCAUAGCAGAGCAGGACAUGGACAGUAUGACAGAUAGCAUGGCCUCUGGAGGCCAGAGGGCCAACCGAGAUGGGACCAAGCGAAGUUCUUGCCUGGUGACCUACCAAGGAGGUGGGGAGGAGAUGGCCUUGCCAGAUGAGGAGGAGGAAGAAGAGGAGGUGGAAUUAGAGGAAGAAGAGGAAAUCAAGGAGGAAGAAGAUGAUAACUUAGAAUAUCUGUGGGCGAGUGCCCAGAUGUACCCAAGACCCAAUCUGAAUCUGGGCUACCAUCCCACCACACCCCCAGGCCACCAUGGCUACAUACUGCUUGACCCAGUCAGGUCUUAUCCUGGUCUAGCCUCCGGGGAUCUUUUGACUCCUCAGAGUGACCAGCAAGAGUCUGCCCCCAAUAGUGAUGAGGGAUAUUAUGACUCCACCACACCUGGAUUUGAGGAUGAUUCAGGUGAGGCCUUGGGGCUUGUCCACAGGGAUUGCCUGCCCCGAGACAGCUACAGUGGAGAUGCCCUCUAUGAGUUCUAUGAACCAGAUGACAGUCUUGAGAAUUCCCCACCUGGGGAUGACUGCCUUUAUGACCUCCACGGUCACAGCUCUGAGAUAUUUGACCCAUUCUUGAACUUUGAGCCCUUUUCUUCCUCUCGGCCACCUGGGGCAAUGGAAACAGAGGAAGAACGGCUAGUGACUAUCCAGAAACAAUUGUUGUAUUGGGAGCUUCAGCGGGAGCAGCUUGAGGCCCAGGAAGCCCGGGAGACACAUGCCCGAGAGGCUCACACCAGGGAGGCCUAUACCCAAGAAGCUCAUGCCAGGGAGGCCCAUGCCCAAGAGGCCCACACCCGAGAAGUUCAUGUCAGAGAAGCCCAAGCCCGAGAGGCCUAUGUCAGGGAGGCCUGUGCCCGAGAGGCCCAAACCCGGGAGGCCCAUGCUCGAGGGGCUCAAGUCCGAGAGCUCCAGGCCCGGCAGGAGAAGCCCAUCAUGGAGUAUAAGAUGAGGCCCUUAGGCCCAUCAGUGAUGGGCCUGGUGGCAGGGGCAUCAGGAGCCUCUCAGACUUCCCAACGGGGAACUACCUCAGCUUUCCCUGCUACUGGAAGCAGUGAGCCAGACUGGAGGGACUUGCGUCCUCUGGAGAAGCGUUUUGAGGGAAGCUGCUCCAAGAAAGAUCAAAGUACCUGCCUGAUGCAUCUCUUCCAGAGCGAUGCUAUGUUUGAGCCAGACAUGCAAGAAGCAAAUUUUGGAGGAUCUCCCAGGAGGGCCUACCCUACUUAUUCACCCCCUGAGGAGCCAGAGGAUGAGGAGGUUGAAAAGGAAGGGAAUGCCACUGUGAGUUUCUCACAGGCCCUCGUGGAGUUCACCAGCAAUGGGAACCUCUUCUCCAGCAUGUCCUGCAGCUCUGACUCUGACUCAUCCUUCACUCAAAACCUCCCUGAGCUACCCCCCAUGGUGACCUUUGACAUCGCUGAUGUGGAACGGGAUGGGGAAGGCAAGUGUGAAGAGAAUCCUGAGUUCCACAAUGACGAAGACCUUGCAGCCUCCUUGGAAGCUUUUGAGCUGGGCUACUACCAGAAACAUGCCUUUGACAACUACCGCAGCCGAUUCUACCAAGGGCUGCCUUGGGGUGUGAGCAGUCUCCCUCGAUACUUGGGACUGCCUGGCAUGCACCCUCGACCUCCACCUGCUGCUAUGGCCCUCAAUAGAAGGAGCCGCUCCCUCGACACUGCAGAUACCCUGGAGCUCGAGCUCUCCAAUUCCCACCUGGCCCAGGGCUACAUGGAAUCUGAUGAGCUUCAGGCUCAGCAGGAAGAUUCAGAUGAAGAAGAGGAAGAAGAAUGGGGUGGAGACAGUCCCCUGUCCCUCUAUACUGAACCUCCAGGGGCCUAUGACUGGCCUGCCUGGGCCCCCUGUCCUCUCCCAGUGGGGUCACUCCCUUCCUGGAUAAGUCACAGCCAGUUGGAUGGGCCUUCCAGCCAGUCUCCAUAUGGGCAGGCAGCCUGUUGUGUACCUCCUGUGCCCAUGUCAAUGUUGUUGUCUGUACCGGGGCCAGAGUCAAGGGCACAUGGGGAAUCCGGGCCUCAGCUAGCUCGGCCUUCGCACUUACCCUUGCCCAUGGGCCCUUGUUAUAACCUCCAGCCUCAGGCCUCCCAGAGUAUGAGGGCCAGGCCUCGAGAUGUGCUGCUGCCUAUCCAUGAGCCUAGUUGCUCCUCCAGUUCUGGAGGCUUGAGCCCUAGCCCUCUGCCCCAUGCCAAGCCUGUGGGCAUCACCCUUGGCAUCCCUCAGCUGCCCAGCAUCCGGCCUGAGACCCCACAGCCUCAGCCCAUUCACUACGAGGUUUCCAGCCUUGACCUGUCAAAAGAGAGGGCCGAACAAGGUGCCUGUCUCCCCACCAGCUACUCCUCCACUGCCGUAAAUGGAAACUUAGCUGAAUAGUCAUCAUGAAUUCUGGAGUAGGGGCAUGGGGCCUGAGCAUGUGAAUGGGGA